AUUUCAGUACAGUAUAAUAAAUUUGCACGUGCGUUUUUGAAGCCUCAUCCGUGUAAAGCAAAAAUGAGUCAGUCCCUUAAGCUGUAAAAAACAAUCUAUGAUACAAUGAGUUAUAUCAGAUCAAAUUUAUUCAGCUAACCAUUUGUGUUUUAAACAAUUUUUGCGCCAUUUUGUUGAACUACUGCUCCCAAUCUGAAGGGAUUUAAUGAUGAACAAUACUGGUGCCCUGAAAAGUAGCUGGACGCCACUGAAGAAGGGAUCGGCUGCAAACGAGCAGUUAUUCGAAGAAAGGCGAGCUCUUCUCUUUAAGUGGUGGCAAAAGUGGACCAAUGAGCAAAGAGUGGUUAUUCUGCAAGAUCUACUGGAGAACAGUCGCAAUGAGCAGAAGCAGUUCGCAGAGACACACCUCAAGAAGACAUUUCCGGCCAGACAACUGGACUUCACCAGAGUUCUCCCCAGACAUCUGUCUCUCUAUAUAUUCUCAUUUCUGGAUCCACGCAGUCUCUGCAGAUGCUCACAGGUGUGUUGGUUCUGGAAAUACUUGACAGAAGAGGAUGUGCUAUGGAUGGCGAAGAACUUGAGAUUCGGAUGGGAUCUGGGUUUCAAACCGACCCCUUUCGAAACUGGCAUCUGGAAAAGAAACUACAUCCAAAAAGUCGAGGACCUCAUCCUCAACAACCCAGAUCCCGAACCAGCUUCUGAGAAGAAGAAGUCUGCCUCCAAACACAGUCGUGACCACCAUGACUUGGAGGAAGCAUCGCCCUCUCGCGGCAGCAACAGACGUAGCACGAUGGGAGGCACUUCCUCCUCGUUCGACCCUCCUCCGUGGAAGGCCAAUGAUAGACACCCAACAGAUCUCAUUAGAUACAACUUCUUGGACAAUGAUGACAGCCGAGACAGGAGUCAGUACUUAUUUGCUGACAAAAAGCAAAAAGCAAUGCAAUCCAAGCGAGAAGAAAUGAUGAGAAAGUCGAUGACAGGGGUCAAUAUUCCCCCAGGUUUUACUCUUCCCCAACCACUGAGUCAUAGUCAGAAGUCACCACCUGGCUACAAAGCCGCGGCAGGACACCAUACCAGCUCAAAGAUGAUUCAGGAAAUGCAGAAAAAUUACGCCGAGACCGGAUCUCUCAUUAGGACCCAAACAUCCCCUGUCAAGUCGAUUCUCAGAAACUCAAUGUCAGUCACUCAAUCUCUAUCCAAACACGAACAGCGACCGAGUCCCAAUUACGAACAAGCCGAGAGAGAAAACAGUACCGAGUCGUCACCCGAGAGCAAACAAUUGACAGCCUCGUUCUCGGGCACGACUCCUAUGUUCGGACUACCAGUCGGUCCGGGCGGGGAUGACCCGAGAGCAAAACUUAGAGCUCCUUCUCCUUCCAAGUCGAUCGGAAUAACAAGGACUAGCAGAGAUUUACCAAGUCACGAUUUAUUCCCUGUGAAACCAUGGAAGCUGGCUGAUGCAGAAGAUUCAGAUUAAAUCAACUGUCGAAGUUUUAAAAAAUCACAGCUCUCUUCAAUGUCAUCUUCAGAGGCUGAAGAUUUGGUUCUGAAGAAUAAUAAAAUAAACUAAAUAUUUGUAAACAAUUGAACUGAACAAAUUUAUUGAUGUAAUUACCAAAAAUUUAAA